AUGGGGUUCCCAUCAGCUUGGGUUUCUUUUAUCAUGGAGUGUGUCACCACUUUGAGAUUCCAGGUUAUGCUGAAUGGGAACCCUCAGGUUCCUUUUGAUCCAGGGAGGGGCCUCAGGCAAGGAGACCCGCUAUCUCCAUAUCUGUUCAUUUUAUGUGGUGAGGUUUUUUCUGCUCUUAUUCAGAAAGAAAUUGCCUUUGGUAUGCUGACUAGUAUUAAGAUAGCUCGUUCUGCACCUAUUAUUUCUCACCUCCUUUUUGCAGAUGACAGCAUUGUCUUUGCUCGGGCGAACCAUCAGGAGGCGGAGUGUAUAAGGUCCAUCCUUGCUGUCUAUGAGCGAGUUUCUGGCCAGGUCAUUAAUUUUGACAAAUCUAUGCUCUCAUGUAGCCACAAUGUGCCUAGUACCUGUUUUAAUGAGCUGAAAGAGCUUUUGGGCGUGAACGCCGUUGAGAGUUAUGAUAAAUAUCUGGGCUUGCCGACACUUAUUGGUAAGUCAAAGAACCAGGUAUUUAAUUUUGUCAAGGAAAGGGUUUGGAAGAAACUCAAAGGGUGGAAGGAAUGCUCUCUGUCUCGUGCAGGGAGGGAGGUCCUGAUUAAAGCAGUGGCGCAAGCUAUCCCCUCAUAUGUUAUGUCUUGUUUUAUUUUGUCUGAUGGGUUAUGUGCAGAUAUUGAGCGGAUGAUUAGCCGGUUCUUCUGGAGUGGUGACGCUUCAAAAAGAGGAAUUCAUUGGCUUAAGUGGAAAGCUCUUUGCCGGCAUAAGAGGGAAGGAGAUUUGAUAUCUCAGGGACCGCAAAGAUGGAAGAAGGAUCUCAUUGAACUUGUGUUUUGGCCUCCAACAACAAAGGAGAUUUUACAAACUCUUCUUCCUUUGGUGCCUAGGCAAGAUGUUCUCAUGUGGCCAGAAACAAUUGAUGGAGCGUACACUGCAAAGUCUGGCUACGAGUUUGUUAAACAGCAGAGACUUCGAAGCUCGCCUUCUUCGUCCACAGGUCAGCCUCCACCCACGCGUUUUUGGAAAGCUCUUUGGACAGCAGCUGCUUUACCCAGGUGCAAGGAGAUUGCAUGGAGGGUGGCGGUGAACAUUGUUCCCGUCAAUGGUGUCCUUCGGCGGCGGGGAAUCGAGGUUGAUGAUACCUGCGUUUUUUGCAAGACAGCGGUUGAAACAAGCAGCCAUGCUUUGUUCUCUUGUCCUGUCGGACAGCAACCGAGUGUGGAGAAAGUGCUGGCACGUUUAAAAGCGCUGGAAUCAAUUCCAAGCGGUCCAACUGUGAGCAGGACGGUGGAGUACAACACGAGAUGGUCUCAUUCUCAAGCAAAUGUCAUUAAGUUAAAUUUUGAUGCCUCUUUUGUGGAUAAAGUUGCAGGUUUUGGCUUGAUAGCUAGGAAUAAUGAGGGAUUAAUUAUGGCUGCUGCCUGUGCCUAUCCGGUGGGCACUUCAACAGCACUCCUAGCAGAAGCAUUGGCUUUUAGAUGGGCGAUCACGUUGGCUUUGGAUCUCCAUUUUUUGGAGGUGUAUUUUGAGACCGAUUGCUUGCAGUUAUAUGAAGCUUGGAAUAAAGGAAGACAAGGUUCUUCUUAUUUGAUGUCUAUUCUUAGUGAUUGUAGGAACUUGAUUUCAGGUUUUAAUGUUUGUCGUUUUUCGUUUGUUCGUCGUUCUGGGAACUCUGUGGCUGAUCGUUUAGCUAAGGACUCUUCUAAAUACCCAAACUACGUUUGGAUAGAGGAGGUUCCCCCGGAAGUUGAGGUUUUGGUUCAAUCUGAUGUAAUUGCCAAUUUGGCCACUUGA